AUGCAUGCCCAAGUCUCGGGCAUUACGAAUGCAACCUCUGCGCAGGUCAAAGAGGCAUGCAGCAUAGAACUUCGAUCCCCUGUUGAUCCAUUGUUCAGCCUGCAUGCAACAGUGCUCGUCCUAACAAGACUAACCGGAAAUCUACCAUCCUGUCAUAUUAGCGCUAUGACUAUGCAGGCAUUUCCAGGUCUUGCUCUAGCUGAUAAACGGUUCUACGUGAAUGAAGAAGUAGACCUUGUACUUGGCGGAGACAUUUAUCCCCAAAUUAUUCUAUGCGGCUUGAAGAAGAAUUUACUCAGUACACUUCUCGCCCAAGAAACAGUGUUCGGUUGGAUAUUAAUAGGAUGCACAGAUGCACCCAAUCCAACCAACAAUAUAGUUUCGUAUCACAGUGAAGUUGCCUUGGACAAACAACUUACUGAACUCGAAGACAUACCAAAAAACAAAAGCUUGAACGAAGACGACAAAUACUGUGACAAACUUUAUCGGGAGACAACUCGUAGACGAGAAGACGGAAAAUACGUAGUCUCGCUACCACUCAGGCAGGAAUUUCCCGCAAACAUCUGCCUAGGCCCUUCUCUUAAAAAAGCAUGCUCUCAGUUCUUCCGGAAUGAGACACGGCUUGCAAAGGAUACCGUCCUACAAAAAGAGUAUAAUAGGGUACUAGCUGAAUAUGAAUCACUAGGCCACAUGUCCAGAAUAAAUGAUAGUAUUUCAGCAAACUCUUCCGAUAACUACUUUCUGCCUCACCACGCUGUCAUAAAGGCAGAAAGUACCUCCACUAAAGUUCGAGUCGUCUUACCGUACCGUAGUUUACCGUACAAACCCGAACGAACCUGUAAGUCUAUACGUAUUAAAGACUGUCACUUUCGGGAUCAAUUGUGCUCCUUACCUCGCGAUAAGGACACUUCUACAACUGGCUGA